UGAGAAAGUUAACGGUACUUACUCCUGGGCAGAACAGCCUGCCGGUGGGGGUGGGGGACGGGGACGGGGACGCUCCCCUGGCUCCCAGGGGAUUGUCGCUGUCCUUGGAGGCUCGAUUUCCCAGCACUUGAACUUAGGGGAAGGAGCUGCAGUCCUGGAGACUGAGAAGACAGCCCCAAGGGUCCUGAAUACCAGAUACCCUCCUGCUCCUCGGAGGAAAGACCCAGGGAUGGCCUGAUGCCAGGCAGGGCAGGGCCCUCUUCCCCCCUGUGUCCUGCUUCCCUCAGCCAGCCCCCGAAGCCCCUGACCCUCCGCGUUCCCGCAGGUGACCAUGGCGGAUCGGGCAGCAGCUGAUAGGGCGUGCAAAGACCCUAACCCUAUCAUCGAUGGCCGGAAGGCCAAUGUGAACUUGGCCUACCUGGGUGCCAAGCCUAGGAGCCUGCAGACUGGCUUUGCUGUUGGUGUACAGCAGCUACAUCCCACCUUGAUCCAGCGCACCUAUGGGCUGACCCCCCACUACAUCUACCCGCCAGCCAUUGUGCAGCCCAGCGUGGUGAUACCUGCCACCCCUGUCCCACCUCUGUCCUCGCCCUACCUUGAAUAUACGCCAAGCAGCCCAGCCUAUGCCCAGUUCCCUCCAGCCGCCUACGACCAGUACCCAUAUGCCGCCUCACCUGCCACAGCCACCAGCUUCAUGGGCUAUGGCUACCCAGCUGCCAUGCCCCCAGCCUUGUCCGCAGCUGCGCCUGCAGGCACCACCUUCGUGCAGUACCAGGCACCUCAGCUACAACCCGACAGGAUGCAGUGAGGCGCGUCCUGCCUAGGGCCACAGCCACCGCCUGCCAGCCUCGGGAGCCACCAGCAGUUGGGUCUCCUCAGGCCCCUGGGCCCACCUGCCAAGGGCAUCAGACAGCUGCUUCUCCAGCCCAGACCCUGCUGUGCCCUGAGGAAGGACAUGAGAAGUAGGGGUUCACUCUUGGGAACCUCUGCAGCCACUCCAUGCCAGGUGCCUUACUCUGGGACGUGUGCAGACGUCCACCUUCCUCUUUGGGAACCCCGCCCAUUGCCCCUCAGUCGAAGCACUGUGCCAUGUCCUGUUGGGAUUGUUCUGCUAUGAAGGCAAGACCAUCAGCACCAAGAACCCUAAACCCAUUUUUUACUUAGAAACUGGCUUUGGUCGAUAGUUCCCCUGUGGAGACAAUGACAGUAUUUCUCUGUGACAGUGUCACUGGUGGGAUGCCUGGAGCUACCCCUUCCCGCACAGGGUGGCCAUCACCAGACUGCAGCCCUGCAGGGCCCUGGGUUCCUAUCUGUCUGAUGCUGCCCACCUCACCUGCAGAGGUGCUCGUCAGGGCUAAUUCUCAGGUGUCUAUUGCUGUGCCAUUGAAGCCUUCUUCCUGGCCCUGCGUCCUCUAGGCAGGGCUCUGUGUCCACCCACCCACCCUCCUAUUGUCACCUGUGUGCCGGUCUGGGAGCAUGGCCUGGCUGCGCUGCGCAGAGGGAGAAGUCCAGCCCAUGUCUGGGAGGGGUGCAGUGGGCAUCCCUGGCAGCAUGAGCUGCCCGCAGGCUGGGCAGUGGGUCCCUCCACACCUACCUCAGGGAGCCAGUGUGAAGGCACUCGGCAGCGUGCCUGCUACUCAAGCCCAGAGGACAGAGGGAGUAAUGUUAUAAUAUUUUUAUUAGAAUGUUCUGAUUAUAAAAAUAAAACUUGUUUUCUUUAAAGAAAAGUCAGUCUGAGGUUUUCUCUGGUGGCCAUGGCAGUCCUGUGUCCAGGGUUUUCUGAUAGCUGUCACCAAACCUUACCCCGCCCCCCAGUAUGUCCCUGCAGUCUGAACCGGAGGACUUCAGCCACCACAAGGUAGGUACAACCAGGCCUGGGCAGAAGUCGCUGCUGUUGACCCUGAUACUCAAGCCUUUAGCAGUGACCCUGGGGCUGUUUUUUUUUUUUUGCACUGUCCCUUGGGUCCCCCAGGAUCCUGUUCCAGUUUGACUGGAACUUAGUUUGACUUUGAGAUGUGACUUCUUCCGGCUUCUGGGGCCCCAGCCCAGCUGGGCCGUCAGGAUUGGGUUUGCUUUCAUCCCGGGCCUCCACCUCCCCAAGUGUCAGUUUGCAAACACUAAAGGGUCAGAAGGUCAAUGUGGGGCUCUCAACCCACAGCUGACAUUUGCUGUUGCUGAUAAGAGUUUGGGGCUAGGGAGGGGUGGCGGGCACUGCCAGGGUUAUCAGGAAGGCCACUCGAAGCCCGUAUACUUCCUGUCUCUAUCAGCUGGUGGCAGCCACAGGGACAGGCCCUCAGGAAGGCCCCUUGGCCUGGGAAAUGCCCUCCUGGGGCUUAGGAUCGAGGUCUCUAGACAGGGCGAACCUAGGAGAGUUCAGAGACAGUUUUGGGUCGGGAA